UUGACGUUUUGACACAAGUGUGCCACUAGCGCUGUCUAUUGGAAUAGGAUGGUACUGCAGAAAGGGGUCAAAGGACAACAGCUGUGCAGAAAAACUCACACCAGGAUACGCUCUGCUCUGCUCCAACAACCUUUGUACUUUCAUCAGAUUGUUUUCCACGGUGAUCACCCCUUUUCUCUCCAACCUACGCUGGACGUGGACUUCAAAGACUGUUGUGGAGCGGGACUUAGACUUGACUGGACACAAGCAGACAUGUCUUUCAUAACAGACUACCUUCGCCUGAACGAUCCAAACUUCCUCAUAACGGUAGUUUUGAUCAUGUUCAGCCCGACCUACUGGAACCUGGUGGCCAGGUCAGAGUACCGUAGCCACUGGGUCACCCAUCUCUUUCGGUCAGCCCGUGUUGGCUGUAGUGUCCUGGCGGUCAGCAUCAUGUUGUUGGGUCUGCACAGGGACUGGUGGUUCAAGCAGACACUGUACAGCCAGCCCAAAGUGUCUGCCAUACAAUCACCUGUCCUAGGGUAUGCUGUCAUUGCCAUAGGAGCAUUGUUGGUCCUGAGCAGUUUCUGGGCACUCGGCUGGUACGGCACGUUUCUCGGUGACUACUUUGGAAUGCUCAUGGACGAACCAGUCACAAGCUUUCCUUUCAACCUGGUGUCGGACCCCAUGUACGUGGGCACUACCAUGAAUUUUGCGGGGGUGGCCCUGCUGGAGGGGAGCCUGGCUGGGCUGGUCUUAGCUGCACUUGUAGGGCUCUGUUACAAGGUGGCGCUGUUGUUCGAGGGGCCCUUCACAGAAGAGAUUUACAGAAAGCGUGAUGCUGACAAGAGGAAAGUCUAGCUUACACUCUGACAUUCGACAGAGAAAUUUAAUCAGUGUUCAGCUACAGUUCCUCUUUGAUUCCAGAGUCAAAAACCUUCUCAAUUGUCAUAAGAUUUAACUUUCGUCCCAAAUCUUUUUCUAUUUGGAGAGGUAGAAUAACUCUGUUUCAAUAAAUGGAGCUCUCCUAUUCCUUAAUUCAAAAAUCAUAAACCUUCUUGGAUGUCAUAAAACGUACAAAACAGAAACCCAAAUCUAAUUCAAUUUGGCUUUAAGAAAUGCUUAUGUUGGGAUGGAAUACCUCUGUUUCAAUAGAUGGAUCUCUCAUAAUCAUAUUCCUUUGUUCUUCCUUGAUUCAGAAUGAUUCCAAGAUAUAAACCUUCUCAGAUGUCAUAAAACUGUUUACUUCUCAGAAGUCCCAAAUUAAAUUUGGCUUUAAGAAAUGUUAAUUAUGUAAGGAAAUUAUUCUGUUCUUCUAAUAUAUGGAGCUCUCCUAUGUCCUUAGUUUCAGCAAGGUUUCAGCCUGUUAUUUCUAGCACUUGAAUGUAAAGUGCCUUCAAAGCUCCACCUGUAUUUUUAAUGCAUUUGACCACAAGCCCAUAGGCUGGCUCUAGUCUUUUAUCACUGGCAGAGAGUAAUAUUGUAUUUUUAAUGAAGUCUUAAUGAUAUUGUUCACUUUCAACAUGUCAUGAAGAAAUUUUUCAUCAAUGUUGUCAUAAAAUAUUCAGUCACAAUGA